GCACCAUAUACCCCUGUUUUCUGUUCAAUAUCUUACCGGGGGCUGACGGAGCAGGGAUCAUUAGUUAGCUGGAAAAAAGGAAAAAGGGGCGUAAAAUCGCAUGGAAAGAUAAGACCCCCGUCCACUGUAAAGAUUUUUUUUUGUAAAUACAGAAAACUGAAAUCAUUGCCCCUAAAAUGUUGACAUUUUGGCAGCUAGCUAGCUAUUAAAUAUUAUAUAUUUAGCUAGCUAGCUAUCUGCUAGCUAGCCACCUAACGUCGUGCGCUACUUAUAUCACCAACACUAGCUAGCUAUCGUAGCUAUUUUAUUAAAGAGAGGGGCGUAUUUUUUCCUCAAUGUAUUGUCAUUUUCAUCUUUUUAAGUGAGCGGCGGUGUUUUUCUUUUGCCAGCUAAUGGGUACGCGUUUUACGGGGGCUCUUUGUUGCUAAGGCAUUUCUGGGCUUGGUUCCGGGGGCGGCUUGCACAGAAACGGGCACGGAUGUCGCGACAGCCCAGUUUGCUCCGUCGUCUGCUGGACCUGGACUCUUUUUGGUAAAGCGCACAAGACCGAAACUGCGGAGCAUAAGGAGUGUCAGAGAAACUGCGAAAGAGAGGAUAUCGUUAGCCCAGGUUUUCCCUCCUGGCAUAUAAACGAAUCGCCGAGGCAGCCAAUUUGGGACUGAAGAAGGAUAACAGGCAUUGGGCCUCCCUCCGUCUACUCCGCCGCUGGAGCGCCACCCCUACCCUCUUCCUCCCCGGUCCUUGCGCGGGGGAAGUCGGAUACCUCACGGUUAGAGGGAGCAACUUGAGAGCGAGGCCCCCCCCAAACCCCAUCCCCCACUCCCUUCCAAACCUCUCACUUUUUCUAACCUCCCCCGAUCUCCCCAUAUCCAAACCCGAGGGGUCGGGGAAACACCACGACGAACCGGAGACAGUUGUGGUGUUUUUUUUGGACUAAAGCCCCGUUAAAAUCGGGCGUUUGAAAACAGAGGUGAUGACUUUAGAGUCCAUGAUGGCUUGUUGCCUGAGCGAAGAGGCGAAGGAGUCGAAAAGAAUCAACGCCGAAAUCGACAAGCAGCUACGCCGCGACAAGCGAGACGCGAGGAGGGAGUUGAAACUGCUUCUACUCGGCACGGGCGAGAGCGGCAAGAGCACCUUCAUCAAGCAGAUGCGCAUCAUCCACGGGGCGGGCUACACGGACGAGGACAAGCGCGGCUUCACCAAGCUGGUGUACCAGAACAUCUUCACCUCCAUGCAGUCCAUGAUCCGCGCCACCGAGACCCUCAAGAUCGGCUACAAGCAGGAGCAGAACAAGGCGAACGCCAUGCUGGUGAAGGAGGUGGACAUAGAGAAGGUUUCCACGUUCGAGGAGCCCUACAUCACCGCAAUAAAGUGUCUUUGGGACGACCCUGGCAUCCAGGAGGCCUACGACAGGCGGAGGGAGUACCAGCUGUCCGACUCCACCAAAUACUACCAUAAUCAUUUAGAGCGCAUAUCCACAUCGGGGUACCUCCCCACCCAGGAGGAUGUGCUGCGGGUCCGCGUGCCCACAACUGGCAUUAUUGAGUACCCCUUUGACCUGGAGGAUAUAAUCUUCAGGAUGGUGGAUGUCGGGGGUCAGAGGUCAGAGCGCAGGAAGUGGAUCCACUGUUUUGAGAACGUGACGUCCAUCAUGUUCCUGGUGGCCCUGAGCGAGUACGACCAGGUCCUGGUGGAGUCCGACAACGAGAACCGGAUGGAGGAGAGCAAGGCCCUGUUCAGGACGAUAAUCACGUAUCCGUGGUUCCAGAACUCCUCGGUCAUCCUCUUCCUCAACAAGAAGGACCUGCUGGAGGAGAAGAUCAUGUACUCUCACCUGGUGGACUACUUCCCCGAGUUUGACGGCCCCCAGAGGGACGCCCAGGCGGCGCGGGAGUUCAUCCUGAAGAUGUUUGUGGAUCUGAACCCCGACAGCGACAAGAUCAUCUACUCCCACUUCACCUGCGCCACGGACACCGAGAACAUCCGCUUCGUCUUCGCCGCCGUCAAGGACACCAUCCUGCAGCUCAACCUGAAGGAGUACAACCUGGUGUGAGCCCCGGGACACACACACACACGCAUAUACACGCACACACACACACACACACACGCACACUCACACACACA